CUGUGCAGGCAGUGGGGAGGGCCCUGGCUGUCUGCCCCUGCCCCAGGCUGGCCCCACAAGGUGUUGGAGACCCUGGGGUGUGUCAGCCCCCCACUAGGAGUGGCGAUAACGGGGCCACUUUUGGCUGCUGCAGAUUUUUCCAAAGAAGGCCAAGUGUGAUAAGGCAGCACCCAGAUCCUGUUUGGCCCCUACUGGGCCGCGCGUGGGGCAUGGGUGGGCGUGGCUGGGGCAGGUCCCGCCACCCAAUAUAUAAGGCGGGCACCAUUGGCUGCCUGAGUCCCACAGGUGACAACAGCAAGACCGCAAGACAACCAGCAGCAGAGCGGGGCGCAGGGACCUCUCCUCCCAGAGCCAGCACCAUGCUGGGGCCCAAGCUGCUGCUGCUACUACUGCUGCUGCUGCCCUGCAGGGCAGCCCUGCUCAGGGGUGCCUCCUCGGCUGGAAAUGCCACAGGCCCCAGCGCCCAGGGUGGCCUGCUAUCCUCCCCAGACAAGGGCUGGUGCUCCACGUGGGGUACCAGCCACUUCUCUACCUUCGAUCACCAUGCCUAUGACUUCUCGGGGACCUGCAACUAUGUCUUCGCGGCCAUCUGCAAGGAUGCACUUCCUGCCUUCAGUGUGCAACUGCGGCGAGGGUUGGAUGGGAGCAUCUCCCGGAUCAUCGUGGAGUUGGGAGCCUCCGCUGUCACCGUGGACAAUGGAACCAUCUCCAUCAAGGACAUGGGGGUGGUCAGCUUGCCCUAUACCAGCAACGGGCUUCAGAUCACACCCUACGGCCCAAGCGUGCGGCUGGUGGCCAAGCAGCUAGAGCUGGAGUUGGUGGUGCUGUGGGGCCCAGAUCCCCACCUCAUGGUGUUGGUGGAGAGGAAGUACAUGGGCCAGAUGUGCGGGCUGUGCGGGGACUUUGACGGGAACGUGGAGAACGACUUCAUAAGCGAGGAUGGCAAACUCCUAGAGUCCCACAAGUUCGCUGCACUCCAGAAGCUCGAUGACCCCAAUGAGAUCUGCGCCUAUGAGGAUGUCCCGAAAGCCCCCAGUCUGCGUGCCAAGGAUGCUGAGACCUGCGCCCGGCUGCUCGCCCUGGUGUCCCCCGAGUGUGACGUGCCCAAGGAGCCACUGGCACACAGCUGCCAGGCAGACAUGGCGGCAUGCAACCCACCUGGACAGCCGAACUGCAGCUGCGCCACCCUGUCAGAGUUCUCACGCCGCUGCAGCAUGGCGGGCCAGCCCGUGAGCCGCUGGCGGGGCCCCGGCCUCUGCUCACUGGGCCUGUGUCCAGCGAGCCAGGAGUACCGGGAAUGUGGUGCAGCCUGCACUGAGACCUGCUCCAACCCACGGCACAGCUGCCCCAGCUCUUGCACCUUCGGCUGCUUCUGCCCAGAGGGCACAGUGCUCAAUGACCUCUCCACAAACCGCACGUGCGUACCACUCAGCCAGUGCCCCUGCAUGUUCAACGGGGCAGUCUACGGCCCCAGCGAGGUCACAGCAGCUGCCUGCCGGACCUGCCAGUGCACCACAGGCCGCUGGAUGUGUACGGAGAAGCCGUGCCCUGGGACCUGCUCCCUGGAAGGCGGCUCCUUCCUCACCACGUUCGACACUAGGCCUUACCGCUUCCAUGGCACCUGCACCUACAUCCUCCUCCAGAGCCCACAGCUCCCCGACGAGGGCACUCUCAUGGCCGUGUACGACAAGUCAGGCUACUCACACUCAGAGACCUCCCUGACUGCUGUCAUCUACCUGUCCCGGAAGGACAAAAUUGUGAUCUCAGAGGACGAGGUGAUCACCAACCAUGGAGACACCAAGUGGCUACCGUACAAGACACGCAACAUCACCAUCUUUAGGCAGACGUCCACCCACCUCCAGAUGGCCACCACCUUUGGGCUGGAGCUCGUGGUCCAGCUGCGGCCCAUCUUCCAGGCAUAUAUCACUGUUGGGCCCCAGUUCCGAGGCCAGACCAGAGGGCUCUGUGGCAACUUCAACGGAGACACCACUGAUGACUUCAUGACCAGCAUGGGCAUCAAUGAGGGCACCGCCACACUCUUUGUGGACUCUUGGCGGGCAGGGAACUGCCCGGCUGCCCUGGAGCGUGAGACCAACCCCUGUUCCAUGAGCCAGCUCAACAAGGUGUGUGCGGAGAGCCACUGCUCUGAGCUGGUGAGGAAGGGCGGCGCAUUUGAAAAGUGCCAUGCUACGGUGAACCCCACACCCUUCUACAAGAGGUGCGUGUACCAGGCCUGUAACUACGAGGAGACCUUCCCCCAUAUCUGUGCUGCCCUGGGCACCUAUGCACAGGCCUGCGCCACCCAGGGUGUCCCACUCUGGGGCUGGAGGAACAGCGUGGACAACUGCACUGUCCCCUGCACUGGCAACCGUACCUUCAGCUAUGACAGCCGGGCCUGCGGCCGCACGUGCCUGUCACUCUCUGACCGUGAGGCUGAGUGCCACGCCAGUGCUGUGCCGGUGGACGGCUGCAACUGCCCCGAGGGCACCUACCUGGACCACAAGGGCGAAUGCGUGCACAAGGCCCAAUGCCCCUGCCUGCUGGAGAGCUCCAAGUUCCUCCCUGCGGACCAGGCCACCUUGCUCAACGGAGUCAGCUGCUACUGCACCAAUGGGAGGAUGAGCUGCUCUGGACAGCCACAAAUGUUCCUGGCUUCCUGCCCGGCCACCAAAACGUUCCAGUCCUGUGAUCAGUCCGCGGAGGACAAGUUCGGGGCAGCCUGCGCGCCCACCUGCCAGAUGCUGGCCACAGGCACUGCCUGUGUGCCCACUAAGUGCGAGCCUGGCUGCGUCUGUGCAAAAGGGCUCUAUGAGAACCCCAGCGGGGAGUGUGUGCCCGCCGAGCAGUGCCCAUGUGACUUCGCGGGGGUCUCCUACCCAGGGGGCGCUGAGCUCCACACUGACUGUAAGACCUGCACCUGCUUGCAGGGGCGCUGGGCCUGCCAGCAGGGUGCCCACUGCCCAUCCACCUGCGUCCUCUAUGGGGAGGGCCAUGUGGUCACCUUCGAUGGGCAGCGCUUCGUGUUCGAUGGCAACUGCAAGUACAUCCUGGCCACGGAUGACUGUGGCACCAACAACUCACAGCCCACCUUCAAGGUCCUGACGGAGAACAUCAUCUGUGGGAAGUCGGGGGUCACUUGCUCCCGUGCCAUCGAGACUGUCCUGGGUGGCCUGUCCAUCACGAUGGCAGACAGCAGCUACACGGUGCGUGGUGAGGACCCCCAGGUGCACUUCCAGGUGCAGUCCAGUGCCCUGAGCCUGGUGCUGGACGCAGACAUCCCCGGGAGGCUCAACCUGACGCUCGUCUGGAACAAGCACAUGAGCGUCUCCAUCAAGGUCCAUCGCACCUCCCAGGAUGCCCUCUGUGGCUUGUGUGGCAACGCCAAUGGGAACACAAAGGACGACUUCGAGACACGCAGCAGGUACGUGGCAUCCAGCGAGCUGGAGUUUGUGAACUCCUGGAAGGAGAGCCCGCUCUGUGGGGACACACGUGCUGCUGUCGAGCCCUGCAGCCUCAAUGCCUUCCGCCGUUCCUGGGCCGAGCGCAAAUGCAGCAUCAUCAACGGCCAGACCUUUGCCAGCUGCCACAGCAAGGUGUACCACUUGCCCUACUAUGAGGCUUGUGUGCGCGACACGUGUGGAUGCGACAUGGGUGGAGACUGCGAGUGUCUGUGCGACGCAGUGGCUGCCUAUGCCCAGGCCUGCCUGGACAAGGGCGUGUGUGUGGACUGGAGGGCUCCAGACUUCUGCCCCAUCUACUGUGACUUCUACAAUACCCACCCUCAAGCGGGCAGCCAGUACCAGCCCACGCAGGAGGAUGACUGUCUGUGGCACUACCGGCCCUGCCUCUGCCCUGGCAGCCUGCAGAACUUUGAGGGCACCAACAUCGAAGGCUGCUACAACUGCUCACAGGACGAGUACUUUGACCACAGCGAGGGGACCUGCAUGCCCUGCGCACCGCGCCCAACAUCGCCACCACUGCCACCCACCACAGGAUCACCGCCCACAGUGGCCAACAGCACCAAUACCAGCCGGCCCACUUCCCCACCCACUCCCACAGCCACCACAGAGGGAUGGAAGGCCUCCGCUUCCACUGUGUCAUCAGGAGAAUCCUCUCCCACCACCACGGCUGUCACCACAACUGCUACCUCAUCUUGGGUGCCUACAAUCACAGUGAUGUCAACAGCCACAGGGAAUACAGUCACCACAGCAACCACAGAGCCCACAGCAUCAUCCCGCAGCCCAGCCUCUACCUCCACAGCUCGAACCACAGCACGGACCACAGUGGUACCACUGACUGUGACCACAUGGGCAACAACCCCUGGACAAGCCCCAGAGCUGUGCAGUGUGCGGGAGCAGGAGCAGGAGAUCACCCACCAGGGCUGCACCGCCAACGUGACCCUGACCCACUGUGAAGGCACCUGUGCCUCCUCCACCAGCUUCAACAUCACCACUCAGCAGCUGGACGUCCACUGUAGCUGCUGCUGGCCCCUCAGCUCCUACAUGCAGGAACUCCUGCUGCCCUGUCAAGACCCCAGCGCACCCAGCCAGCUGCUCACGCUCACCGUGCAGGUGGUCCACAGCUGUGUGUGUGCACACCAGCGCUGUGGAGACUAGAGGCACAGGGUCACGGGUCAAAGGACAAGGGAAGGUAUCCCUGCCCACACCACUCUGGCCCCCUUCCUGGUCCCAGGUGAGGCCUCAAGAUCCAGAGCAGAGACCAGGAAAGGGAGACAGAGCUGGUCGGGUAGUGUGGGCACCUGUGCAGGGUGAGCACCAGAUACAGAAAAGACCAGCACGACAGGAGAUGCAAGAUGCCUUUUGCCCACAGGACCUGCACCUUCCAAGGAAGCUACUGCUGCCAACAAGCAGAUUCCAAAUAAACUGGCUCUUAUGAGGCAGAGGUCUGUGAGCACUGCUGUCACCGCCACCAGAACUGUCCCCGGGGGCUGGAUGGGAAAGGAGGCCACCUCUGGCCUUGGGACCUGCUGAAGUCCACAAUCAUGAGGCCCUCCCCAACCCUCCAUGGUCACUCAGGCCCAGCUGAGCACGGUGCCCUGGGGAAGGAAGCCCUGGGCUCUGUCCUGUGCACUAGGACUAGAAGCCUUCAGAGCGCAAUGCAGCUAGUGAGUCGAAGCCAAGCAUGCACCACAGCAGGCAGCCUAGGGGACACUGGGAAGCCUGGCCAGGCUCCAUGCCCAGAGUCAGCCUUGGAGACAUCAGUCAACGCAGCCA